AUGCUCCCCGCCUCCGCGUUCGCCGUGCUCGCGCUCCUCGCGCCGGCUGUGUCUGCCGCGCCCGCCAAGCGCGCCGUCGACACCGCAUACCCGUACACUGGCCCCGCCAUCCCCGUCGGCGACCCCGUCAACCCCUCGGUCGACAACGGCGGCAAGGGCAACGGCAAGGGAUACCCCCGCCUGUGGGAGCACCCGGCCGUGUAUCCCGCCCCCGGUGCGUACCCGACCAACAACAUCAACGUGAUCAGCAGCGCCUACUUCCCCGGCGGCAUCAACAUCCACUUCCAGACGCCCUUCGGCAUCGGCGCGAACCCCGUUGUUCAGUAUGGCACUAGCAAGAGCAAGCUUGACCAGACGGCCACGGGCUUCACGCACACUUACGACCGCACGCCCCCCUGCUCCCUCCUCCCCGUGACCCAGUGCUCGCAGUUCUUCCACGAAGUCCAGAUCAAGAACCUCCAGCCCGGCGCGACCUACUACUACAAGAUCCCCGGAGGCAACGGCACCACGCCGUCCGACGUGCUCUCGUUCACGACGGCCCUUCCCGCCGGCGACAAGACCGAGUUCACGGUCGCGGUCCUCGCCGACAUGGGCUACACGAACGCCAAGGGCACGCACCUGCAGGUGCUCGACGCGGUCAACGACGGCGCCGCGUUCGUGUGGCACGGCGGCGACAUCUCGUACGCCGACCAGUGGUACGCGGGCUACCUGCACUGCGACCCGUCGUGGGACGUGUGCUACAACGGCACCAACUCGAAGCUCGCCACGCCCGACGGCAAGCCCGACAACCCAGACUACUCGAUCCCGCUGCCUGACGGCGAGUUCCCCUCCCAGGGCGGCCCUUGGGGCGGCGACAUCUCCACCAUCUACGAGUCCAACUGGGACCUGUGGCAGCAGUGGAUGGUCGACAUCACCAAGAAGGUCCCCUACAUGGUCCUUCCGGGCAACCACGAGACGUCGUGCGCCGAGUUUGACGGCACGAACGGCGAGCUCGCCGCCGUCCUCGUCGACAACAAGGCGCCCGGCUCCACCUCCAAGUCCAAGCUCAGCUACUACUCGUGCCCGGAGAGCCAGCGCAACUUUACUGCGUACAUUAACCGCUUCCACAUGCCUGGUGAUGUGUCGGGCGGCGUCGGCAACUUCUGGUACUCGUUCGACUAUGGCCUCGCGCACUUUAUCUCGUUCGACGGCGAGACCGACUACUACAAGUCGCCCGAGUACCCGUUCGUCGCCGACCUCAAGGGCAACGAGACGCACCCGCUCCUCAACCAGACGUACCCGACCGACGCGGGACCGUUUGGCGCCAUCAACGGAUCGUACAAGGACAACACGGCGUACCAGCAGUACCAGUGGCUUGUGGACGACCUGAAGAAGGUCGACCGCACCAAGACGCCGUGGGUCAUUGCGUCGACCCACCGUCCGUUCUACUCGUCCCAGACGGCCGCGUACGAGGCCAACAUCCGCAACGCGUUCGAGGACGUCCUCAUCAAGGGCGGCGUCGACCUGUACAUCUCGGGUCACAUCCACUGGUACGAGCGCACGUUCCCCAUCGGUCACAACGGCACGAUUGACAAGGCGUCGGUCAUCAACAACAACACGUACAAGACCAACCCUGGUGUCUCCAUCACGCACAUCAUCAACGGUGCUGCGGGUAACGUCGAGUCGCACUCGACGCUCGGCAAGGCGCCCGUCCUGCCCCUCACCAACACGCUCGACCAGACGCACUACGGCUUUGGCAAGCUCAAGAUCCACAACGAGACGGCGCUCAGCUACGAGUUCCUGCACGGCGAGGACGGCAGCGUCGCCGACUGGGUCUACCUCAUCAAGGACAAGGCUCCCGGUGGCGGCAGCACUGGCGGUGGCCAGGGUGGCCAGGGUGGCAACGGCGGCAACGGGGGUAACGGUGGCAACGGCAACGGCGGCGGCCAGGGAGGUAAUGGUGGCAACGGGGGCAACGGGGGUAACGGUAACGGCGGUGGCAAUGGUGGCAACGGUGGCAAUGGUGGCAACGGCGGAAACGGGCAGUGA